UAACUGCUGAAUGAAAUAUUCAGAACCAUCGUCCAGGAGGAGGAAGAGACCGAGCAUCAGCUCAGACUGCUGGAUAGCAGCUGGAGAACCCGAACCGGGUCAGAACCUCCAGGUAUGUUAAGGCCUUCCAGAACGUCUUUCCUGUUGCUUAACAGGUUGUUGUAGAUUACGUUCUCAUACCUGAAGGGAGCGUCAUUAUUGAGCACAGCAUUCCAAAAGCUAUAGAGAUGAAAGAGGAACUGCUGGAAGAAGAACCACCGCACAUGCUCGAGACAAAACAGGAACCAGAACCGCGACCAAUUAAAGAAGAACAGGUUGACUUUCAGGAUGAAGGGCAGCUUUUAGUAAAGCAGGAGACCAACACUUCUAUGGAGACUCCUGCUUAUGAGGAAAUAUUCCACAAUGAAUCAGAACGGCAGCAGAUCAUAGAGAUAAAGGAGGAGCAGGAACCUGUAGAGGUCAAAGAGGAACCAGAACAGAUACGGAUUAAAGAGGAACAGCAGGAACCAGAACCACCGUGGAUUAAAGAGGAACAGGAUUGUGGUGAUCAGGAUGAAGAUCAGCUUGUCUUGAAGCAGGAGACUGACGGCCUUAUGGUGAUUCCUACUUAUGAGCAAGAAGACAACAACAGACCAGAAACAAACAAAAACCAGCUUCUCCCUGCAACCCUCCCUGAAGAUGUUACCCAACAUCAACAAGGAAGCUGCCAGAAAAUCUUUGGAUCAAGUAGCGAUAAAGAUCUGGAGCCAGAGAAGAGACACCAGGACAAUGUGGACAAUCCAAAAGUGAAACAGUGUAAAACCGAUUUGUUCUAUUGUGAAUUAUGUGGAAAAUGUUUUGGUCAGCGCAGGUACUUGACUGCUCACAAGAGAACUCACACAGGGGAGAAGCCAUUUUCAUGUCGGACUUGUGGAAAAUAUUUCACCAGCCAAUCUACCCUAACUGCUCAUGGUAGAACUCAUACAGGCGAGAAGCCUUUCCAGUGUCUGGUUUGUGGGAAAGGUUUUACCCAGAAAACCCCCCUGAGUUAUCACAUGAGAACGCACUCAGGCGAGAAGCCUUAUUCAUGUGAAACGUGUAAUAAAUCCUUCAGACAGAAUAGUGACUUGGCGUGUCACCUUAGAACUCACACACGUGAGAAACCGUACCAUUGUGAAGUGUGUGAAAAAUAUUUCAGACACAGUAGUGAGUUUGCUCGUCACAAGAGAGCGCACACAGCUGAGAAACCUUUCUCCUGUCAGACCUGUGGAAUCUGUUUCAACAAGCAAUCUAAGUUGACUGAUCACCUAAAAACUCACUCAGGUGAGAAGAAGUCCUAUCCUUGUGGAUCAUGUGAGAAAUCAUUUAGACGGAGUAGUGAGUUAACCCGUCACCUCAAAACUCACUCAGGCCUGAAACCAUAUAGCUGUGAAUCUUGUGAUAAGUCUUUCAUGCAGAAUAGUGAUCUGAUCCGCCAUAUAAGAACACACACAGGUGCCAAGACGUGUUCUUGUAAAAUGUGUGGUAAAACUUUCAGUGAACGAGGUAGUAUGAUUAGACAUAGGAAAAUUCACACAGAUGAGAAGCCUUACAUUUGUAAAGUCUGUGGAAUGUCUUUCCGACUUGGUAGUCAUUUAACUGUUCACUUGAAAACACACACAGGUGAGAAGCCAUGUUCUUGUAAAAUAUGUGAUAAAUCUUUCAGUGAACAUAGUAGUUUGGGAAGACAUAUGAGAACUCACACAAGUGUGAAACCAUAUUCUUGUGAACAGUGUGGUAAAUCAUUCAAACGGUGUAAUGAUGUGGCUCGUCACAUGAAAACUCACACAGGUGAGAAACCUUUCCAAUGUCCUAAUUGUGCUAAAAGUUUUGCACAGAAAACAGCUUUGAGUUAUCAUAUGAGAACUCACAGUGGUGAAAAACCAUAUCCUUGUAAACUGUGUGGUAAAUCUUUCAGACGGAGUAAUGAUUUAGUUCGUCAUAUCAAAUCUCACAGGGGUGGGAAUGUGAAUUAUGUCCUGAAUCAUUCAUUGUCUGAUUGAUUUGGACUCAAUAUGUGGAAGGAAUCACUUUUAGGAUGGAGGAAGCAACUAUGGACAAUUGAGGUGACGCCACCUGUUGGUUAAUCUUGGAGGCUCCUCAGUUACUUAACAAUAAGUAAUCACAACUUGUCCCAAAGUGACAAUGCCUCUUUGCUCCGGGAGUUGGACACACUUUCCUUCCGACAAUAUUGCCGGCCAGGGAUUUUUUUCAUUAUGAACGCCUUGCAGUCAGAGUGAUUUCAUUAAUCACAGCGGGGAUU